CACGUCUACCUUGCCUUACUGGAUUAACCCCGUGGAUACACGUUCUAAUCAUUUUCCUAAUUUUGGAGACUCAGUUCUGGAAACUUGGAUGAUGUGGUGCGCCAUUCAGGCUCAGCAGCCUCACUCUCCUAUCUUAUAAGUAAAUCCUAAUCAUUAAAAUAUAUACUGGCUUCUAACUACUCUGUUACCAAGGAGGUGCACUCCUUUUUGUUCCCAACAUUAGCGGGUAUGUACAUAUUUGUCAAGCUUCAACAUCUAUAUAUAUAGACAAACACUUGGAAUUGUUGAGUGAACAGGGAUCACGCUGCCAAACAUAGAAAUCAAGAAUUGCCUCCUUCUUUGUAUCCCUGCCUUCUUUCUUUCUUUCUUUCUUUCUUUCUUUCACAUAGCGGAAAACCUCCACUACAUGAAUUUCACUUCUGCUGCAUCUUUUUCCACAGGGAAAUUGCUUGAUCAAUUAGUUGGAAGCUUCAACCCAUAAUGCCGCCCCUUUUUUUGAAUCCUCCAAUGCGACCGGAGAAACCGUAUUUUCAAUUUGAAUUUCCAUAACAACUUCCGGUCAUUUUUUAACAAACAAUUCGUUACUACGAAAUUUCUCAGAGGUUCCAAAAUCCUUUCAGGUUUCCAACGGUUUUUCGAAUUUUUUGGUUAAUUGCUUCGGUGUUAUCGCUUAGAAAACAAGAUUGACGGCGCUCCAAUAUCGCGCGUCUUUCUGCCUUUUUCAAUUAUUAUAUAAGUACGCGUUUUUUCAAUUGCGAUGCCGUUUUGAAUGCUUCUAAACUACUCAUACAGCAUAUUGUACAGAUCGACGAAGACGCAGUAGCUCGGGUUAUCACCCUGCAGCCGCCGCCGCCGUCAAACUCCAAUUCAUUGAAGCUUAUCUGAUUUGUUCUUAGUCAUAGACAAUGGAUAUAUUUUACCAUCCACACAUGGAUCGGGAAAUUGAAUCGCUCAUUGAGAGAAUACAUCCUCCCAGGGUCUGCAUAGACAACGAUUCUUGCCGAGAAUGCACCGUAGUGAAGGUCGAUAGUGCAAACAAGCACGGGAUAUUAUUGGAGAUGGUCCAGGUGUUGACAGAUCUUGAUCUUAUUAUUUCUAGAUCAUACAUUUCCUCUGAUGGUGGAUGGUUUAUGGAUGUGUUCCACGUGACCGAUCAAGCUGGCAAGAAGCUCACGGACGAAACCCUCAUGCUCCACAUUCAGCAGAAACUAUGUACCACUAGAAGAAAAGGAAAUAUCUCGAGUGAUGAAGAUGAUGAAACUACGUCAGAACCAUAUGGUUGCGAUGGGCCCCACUCACUCCAAAACACGGCCCUGGAGAUGACUGGGCUGGACCGGCCCGGCCUACUAUCUGAAAUAGCUGCGGUGCUAGCGGAGUUGGGCUGUACGGUGACCUCGGGAAUGGCCUGGACCCACAAUGACAGAGCGGCGUGCAUCAUCUACGUAGAAGACGCUCUAAAAGCAGGGCCCAUCAAGGACCCAAUACGGCUGGGCCACGUUCAAGAGCAGCUUCAGAACGUGGUGGAGGCCCACGGCGAUAUCGGAGAGAGGAAAAGCGUGAGGCUGAGAAACUUGGCGGUGGGGCGCACCCACACAGAACGGCGGCUCCACCAGCUGAUGUACGCGGACAGGGACUAUGAGAGCUGCCGUGCGUGUCACGGGGAGAGUAGCGGGGAGCACAAGAAGGGGUGUGAUGGGACCCACGUGUCCGUUAGUAGAUGCAAGGACAAAGGGUACUGGGUGGUCAACGUGAGGAGCAGGGACCGUCCUAAACUACUCUUUGAUACCGUCUGCGUCUUAACUGACUUGCACUAUGUGGUGUUCCACGCCGCCAUCAGGUCCAAGAGUUCCAUGGCCGAGCAGGAGUACUUUAUAAAGCACGCCGUUGCUGGUGCUUGUCUGGACGAAGAAUCCGAGAGACAAAAGCUCAUCUUAUGCUUAAUCGCUGCCAUAGAACGCAGAGUCUCCCAUGUACGUCUCAUUCCACCCACCAUUAAGGGAUUAAGGGUAGAUAUUCGCACCAAGAAUAGGACGGGUCUACUGUCGAACGUGACAAGGGUGUUCCGUGAGAAUGGACUAUCGGUAUCAAGGGUUGAGAUUGGAACACAAGGGGACAAUGCGGUGGGAUCAUUCUUUGUGACGGACUGUUCUGGUCAACAGGUGAACCCAAAUAUAGCGGAGCUGGUGAGACAAGAGUGUGGCGGAACCGUAUUUACUGAUCACAAGUCGCCUUAUAGGGUUCCUAAAUCAUCAUCCUCCUCCUUGUUGGCUAUGGACGAAACCACCAACAAUUUGGUGGCCAAGCCAAUAGUUUCUAUUGGGAACAUGCUAUGGUCUCAGAUAGAACGCCUUUCAGGUAGUUUUGGCUCCAUUAGAUCCUGAGAACUGAGAAGCUACCACCCGGGAGCUCUCUGUGUCGUCGUGUAAAUAAGCUCCAUUAGAAUUCUUAGGCGUCGUUUCGAUUUUAGAUUCCUCUAACUACUAACUUCCCUUUCCAUUGUCGCUGUACAUAGAUUUUCCACCGUAAAUGAGAUUCAUAGACUGACUUGCCUACAUUAGUUGCUUAAAGAUCUCAUUCAUAUGUUAGUUGUGAAUAAAAUGAGGUUAAAGCAAAUACUCUAUUCUGAUCAAGGGAAAAUCAACGUCUUGAAGGACACUAAAAAUAAACUAUGCUUUUUAAGAAGUUAAUAGCAAACCCAAAAACAUAAAUUAUGCUCUUCGCUAAAACUAAUUGUGUGUGCAUAUUAACAAAAAUAUAAACUAGAAGUCCAGAACAUCAAAUAAAAUAAGAGU